AUGGAGGGCCGCUUCUCCUUUCAGCUGCCCAUUGGCCCAGAGGGCUCGGCAGCCAUGCCCUCGCGCUUGGCGAUGGAGAUCCAGGGGAAGCUAAUGGAAGGCGAAGUGGUGAACCGCUCGAAGGCUCAGAAGGUCUACCGGGAGAUCCUGCACGAAGCGCGUGACCCUGCACUGCUGGAGCAGAGCCAAGGAAAUAUCUUUACCGCUCGGGUCUUUCCCAUCGAUCCCCAUGCAGUUGUCAGAUUGAUCCUUUCCUAUACGAUCACCAUCCCCAUGCGCAACUGGCAUCGAACUCUGACGAUUCCGCUCGCUGGCUUGCCCGAAAUCCACAACUUCUCCUUCGCAGCCAGCGUGCGCGGCUUCAAUGGAGGCUUCAGUGCCAACUGCACCGUGGAUGGUGCCCCGCUCCUGAGCACCGUCACGGAGAACGAAGCGAUGCACUUCGCCACGGAGCGCGAGCACUACGUCGCGCAGAGCGACGUGCAGAUCGAUCUGUGGGAGCCGUUGGCGGUGUCCAAGAGCUUCUCAGUGGAUGGAGGGCAGAUGGUCUCGAGCUUCGUGAUUGAUGAGUCCAAUACCUCCAGCCGGGCCUUUUCACCGGAUUCGUGGAUAGUCUACGUGGACACCUCGGCAUCCACAGCGGAUUCGGUGUUGGUGCGGCUGCCCUUGAUCCAAGCCUUCUUGGAGGUGAAGGAGAUCCGGCCGCGGAGCCCAAAGGAUGGAUCCAUCGGCUUCAGUGUCCGGAGCUCUUUGGAGGAGAGUGAGACCCUCGGCAUUCUGAUCCUCAGUGAUUGCAUUGCUACGGCAAAUGAGAGAGCGGCCGCGCGUCUCGGGCAGCUUCUGACUCCGGUGCAGCGGCGCAUCGUUCAGCUGGGCGUCUUGGGCACCAAGUUCGACAGCGCUUUGGGCGCCGCCGUGGCCUCCGCCGGCCACGGCCGUAUCGUUCAUCUCCCCCUGACCUCCAAAGACCUUCCUUCGGUGGUCUCUGCCGCCUGGAAUGAAAUCCAGAAGCCCUUGGGCCUCCAUGGCCGUGUCACGGCUGAUUCUUCAGGGUCGUGGCAGUGGCCCCAAAGCGCCUUCGAUCUACAUGACGGGGAUGAGCUGGUGGUCUUCAGUGGAGGUGGUACAGGCAUCACCCUCCAUGCUCCCACGCUUGCGCUGGGUGCCCGCGUGGAGAAUGCGGGCGCGGUGUCAGCGGCUGCGGCCGCGUUCAGCUCAUUGCUAACACGUGAGGCCUCACGCGCACGUUUGGAGCUCUUAGAGGCGGAGAGGCAGCUAGCGAGCAGCAAAGCAAAGGCAAAGGAGAUCGAAGAUCAGUUGGUGCGUCUCUCAGAAGAAAGCCGCGUGAUGACACCACACACGGCCUUGUUGGUCUUGGAGACGGAUGCGGACUAUGUGCGCUUCGGCAUCCCCCAGGAUCGUCUCUCGCCCAUCCUCCGUGUGACGUCCAAUGGUGUGGAAUUGCAGAGCCGCGAGGCCAUCCAAACGGCGCUUCCGCCGUUGCCGGUUCCUUUGAGGACUCCACAGGAGCUUGAAGGAGAGGACCUGGAGCUCUUCUGGAAUUUCUCAAACAGCUCCGAGUGCGCGGCGGAUCAAAGCGAAUGCCAAAUGGAGAAAGAGGAGACCGGGCGGGUCCUGUUCACCUGGCUGCUCUUGCUGGUGACGUCCUUCGCUGCUUGGUCAGACCCGGAAAAGGAUGCGGACGAGGUGCUGGCAGAGCAUCAGGAACCUCCCAAGGAGCGCUUGAGGGACACUGCAGCCGCUUGGUUUCUUGUUGAACGAUUGCUCGGGCAAGGAAACUACUGCGCCUCGUGGAUCACCUGGGAUCCCAGCAACGACUUGGCCUUUGAAUAUCUGAGUAAGGCAGCCAUGCUACUGGGCGAAGUGGCCCCCCGCAGCUCCGAGCAGCUGCUGCGCGGCGCCUGGUUGAGCCUCUCGCUGGGCGACACCUCCGCGCUCGCGUGGGCUCGGCGCUUCGGGCUGCGCUCGCUCGAGGAACGCGAGGACAAUGCCAACACGUAUCGUGCUUUGGCAAUGGCCUACUGGCAGGACGUUCAGCUUGAGCAAGACUUCAAGUCAGCGGCUCAGACCUAUGAGAGGGCCUUGGGCAUCGGGUUCCACAGCCGCUAUGGCGAUGUGAAGCGCGUGCUGCGGGAGGAGGCGGCACUGAUGCUGCGGAGCCUUCGUGCCAUGGGCGACGAUGUGGACCUUCACCGCAACCUGGACCUGUUUGACCACCUUCACUUGCUGUGGUCCUUGGGGAGAGAUGUGCAGAACCCUGUGAAGAUUGUGGAGAAUAUCCGCUUGGAUGCGCCAUGCAGUGCCUCCGCUGCGCUGGCGCUCGCCUCCACCUACGCCCUGCGCUACGGCAGCUCGGCCGCCCGUGCCGCAGUGCUGCGCGAGGCGCGCCAAGCCGCCAAAGCCAGGGCGGCGCCCAAAGGGCAUGGAUGUUGCGCGGAGAGUUUGGAGCUGCAGCUCCCGGAGCUGCCCAGUGCUGGGCUGAAGGUGAAGUGGCCGGCGAAGUUGUCGGUGAAGCGUGGGGAGGUCAUCGAGAUCUUGGUGGUCAACGACACCGGAUCCAAAGCGGGAUCGCUCAACGGAUCCAAUGUGCUCGUGUGGCUGGUCUCCGACAGCGCACUUUUCGGCGGACAUGGCCACGCCUGA